AUGGAUGAAAUACAAUGGGUUCAUAAUUCGAUCAAUGAAUAUUCUAAUGGUUCUCAUUUAAAUGGUUACUCUAAUAAUGAUCACGGACAUAAUAAUUCCAGAGGAAGUGAAGAGAAUAAAAAAUAUAAAAGACAACAUAACAAUAAUUAUAACCCGACGAUCAGUAACAAUUUUCAUCAUUAUUAUCAACAGCAAUAUAUUGAAUUUAAUUUGAGCGGUAUAAAUAUCAAUGAAUAUAAAGAAUUGGCAGAAAUAGGAAUAAAUGAUUAUAAAUUAAGAUUUCGGUAUAAAUAUCUUGAGGAAGGAAUUUCAAUUUUUCUAAAUGAGAAUAAAGGAAAAAUUUUUAUUUCCUUAGAAGCUUUGGAAUCUAUUUCUAAAGUUCAUUUAAAUCUUAUCAUAUUAACAUUGAAAGAAAAUGCAAUUAAUUUGAUUUCAUAUCGUUCAAGAGAAAGCUUUAUUAAUGAUGAUCCAAUUCGUGAAAAUUUGA